AUCAAUAUUUAAUAAAAAUAUUAAGAAUCGUAAGAACGUAUCUAUGAAAUGAUCGGACAGUUUAUACUGUUUCUCGACAGCUGGAAUAAACUUUCUGUGCAGCCCAAAAACCAUGUAUACGUUGGAUGUUGUAGUAAAAACAAUGAAUGGUUCAAAUGUAUAGUCAAACACUAUCAGAUGUCAGAGAAAUUAUACCUUUCGCCUGAUUUCAAUAUCUCGCGAAUGACAUAGCUUUUUUCUGUAUAAAAUACAAAGUCCAAAAUCUUGCCACCUGACAUAAAAAAAAAGUGUUUUUCCUUCUUUUAGAUAGCGUAUCAUCAUUUUAUAUCGACGCCUGCGCAUUGCAAUACCCUUUGGAUGGUUGUGUAUCUUAGUAUUGUAAAAUGUGAUUUGCACUUUGAAAUAUUGAACUUCGUAUAGUUAUGACAUUGUAAUAUUUAAGUGGGAACUGUUGUAAUUAUGGCAACGACUGAUCAAGAUGCGAAUAAUAAUAAUCUCCCUUUACGGGACAAUUUAGUAAAAACUGCAGUGGAAUUUUUACAAAACCCUAAGGUAGCAAGUAGUCCUACAGAACGUAAACAGGACUUUCUUAGGAGAAAAGGUUUAACCGAUGAGGAAAUUACAACCGCUUUUAAACUAGCUUCUGUUACCUUAAUUGCUGACCAAAAUGUUAUUCAUAAACCAAAUGAUUAUUCUGUGGUACCUAUACCACCAGGUCAAGUCUAUCCAUAUCUUCAAGCACAUCCAUACCAAAUAACUCUAUUCCAAAAAGUUAAAGAAUUCUUUAAUGCUACUGCUCUUAUCGGGGCAACAUUGUACUGUGUAUAUUGGUUCUAUAAGAAAUUUAUUGAGCCAUACUUGUUUGGCCGAAAAAAGAAAGAUAGCAUAAAAGAUUCAGUUUCCGAGUUAGAUAAAACAAUACAAAAUUCUAUGAAAGAAGUAAAACAAUCCAUUUCGAAGGUGGAAGACGAUGUACAAAAAUUGACACAGAACCAAUUCAUUGACCCAAUGGUACCUCAAUUGGUACAAGAACUGAAACAAGAUUUAGCUAGCCUUAAGUCCUUACUUUUAUCAAGAAAACAAUUUCCGAGUGCACCAGCAUCUAUACCAACGUGGCAAUUAGAUGCUACAGGUACAAGUCAGGAAAAACCGAGCGAACGGGAAGAUGAUGCUGGAAGUGGAAGUAGUACUAAUAAUUCAGAUAGCUCUCUGGAAAUGAUUCGCGAGGAUCCACCCAAGGAGUGAUUUUACAAUAAUUCCAUGAAUCUUCACUUCCAUCACGAAAGUCUUCGAAACAUAGGAUAUUCUAUGAUGUAUAUCCAAAACCAAUGCAGAAACUGAUCAUGUGUAAUAUAAUAUUGAAACUCGAGUGCUGCUGAUCUUAUACUCAGUUUACUCAAUUAAAUGUUAUUUUCAUUGUUUUCAAUGAAAUCAUAUUUGAAUUUUUAUUAUUUCUAGAAUGGGUAUGUGUAAAGCUGCUUAUGACACAAAAAAGGAUACAUGUAAUGCAUCGCUUUUUCUUUUUUUUAAUAAUAAUAAUAAUAAUGAUGAUGAUGAUGAUGAUGAUGAUGAUGAUAAUGAUGAUGAUGAUAUGAUGAUGAUGAUAAUAAUAAUAAUUCUUUUAAACUGUGGUAAUCACUUAAUCUUUUUAAUAAGUCCCUUAAAAGAUUAACAUCUUUUUACCCUUUGGUUUGUGACAACAACAUUUCACUGUUGCUUUCAAGGACAUCUCACGUUCGUUAAUAACAUAUUUUAUUUUCAAUAUAAAGUCGUUUAAUCAAUGUAUCGGGGAAGGUAUAAAAACCAAAAAAAUAAGUACCUUUUUUUUACAAACUAAAUAUGUACAUUUUAAUCCGUACUUAAAUUUAAGGAGACAGUCGCAAUACAAAGAACCAUAUUUAAGCCACUGACCUUUGAUUUUGCACUGUGUGUAUUUGAAAUUAAAAAAUUAUUACCUCGACAUAUACAUAGAACUGCAUGUAUGCAACCGCAUGAACAUACAUACAUGUACAUACAGGCACAUUAUGUACAGAAAGAGAUUUUCAUCGAGUGUGGUGUGUGAUCCUGCUCUCUAUCCUAUUCAUGUAUAUACCCAUGGCUAAUCAUACUUUGGGAUAAAUUACAAUUAGUAAUAUAAAUCCUCGUGAGCAACUUG